CUUUUCCUUCACAAACGUCUUUUGAGGCAAGCUUCUCUGUUUGUUGCUAUGGCUCGUACUAAACAGACUGCUCGCAAGUCCACGGGCGGUAAAGCGCCACGCAAGCAGCUGGCUACCAAGGCUGCUCGCAAGAGCGCGCCGGCCACCGGCGGCGUGAAAAAGCCUCACCGUUACCGCCCAGGCACUGUGGCUCUGCGCGAGAUCCGUCGCUACCAGAAGUCGACCGAGCUGCUGAUCCGAAAGCUGCCGUUCCAGCGCCUAGUGCGAGAAAUCGCCCAGGACUUCAAGACCGACCUUCGCUUCCAGAGCUCAGCGGUGAUGGCACUGCAAGAGGCUUGCGAGGCCUACUUGGUAGGGCUCUUUGAGGACACAAACCUUUGCACUUGCUUGAGUAUGUCUGGUCGCGGCAAAGGCGGCAAAGGUUUGGGUAAGGGAGGCGCCAAGCGCCACCGGAAAGUGCUGCGGGAUAACAUCCAAGGCAUUACUAAACCUGCUAUUCGGCGCCUUGCUAGGCGUGGUGGAGUUAAACGGAUCUCCGGUUUGAUUUACGAGGAGACCCGAGGCGUUCUCAAGGUUUUUCUGGAGAACGUGAUCCGGGACGCCGUGACAUAUACGGAGCACGCCAAGCGCAAGACUGUCACUGCCAUGGAUGUGGUUUACGCGCUCAAGCGCCAAGGACGCACUCUAUACGGUUUCGGCGGUUAAUAUUUUAGUCAGUUUUCCGUCCAAUAGGCCCUUUUCAGGGCCGCCCACUCCCUCUCAGAAAGAGCUGUGAUCGUAUUCUUUAGGAAAAUCUCAGCUUUACUCAACCACUUUGCCUAGUAAGAAC